GAUCGGUCCCAGAGCCGCGGAGUUGGGUUCUCCAGCCGCGGUGGGGCGGAGGGAAGGCCGGUGGGAGGCAGGCAUCGUGCUGCGCUGCUCUGCGACGCCGGUGAAGUCCGCCGGGGCGGGGUCCGCCAGCGCAGACAUGUCUUUCCUCCAGGACCCAAGUUUCUUCACCAUGGGUAUGUGGUCCAUUGGUGCUGGAGCCCUAGGGGCCGCUGCCCUGGCCCUGCUUCUGGCCAACACAGACGUAUUUCUGUCCAAGCCCCAGAAAGCAGCACUGGAGUAUCUGGAGGAUAUAGACCUGAAAACACUGGAGAAAGAACCAAGGACUUUCAAAGCAAAAGAGCUAUGGGAAAAGAAUGGGGCUGUGGUUAUGGCUGUGCGGAGGCCGGGCUGCUUCCUCUGUCGAGCGGAGGCAGCAGACCUGUCUUCCUUGAAGCCCAAGUUGGACGAACUGGGGGUCCCUCUUUAUGCCGUGGUGAAGGAGCAGGUUGGGACAGAAGUAAAGGACUUCCAGCCUUAUUUCAAAGGGGAAAUCUUCCUGGAUGAAAAGAAAAGGUUCUAUGGUCCACAGAGGCGGAAGAUGAUGUUCAUGGGCUUAAUCCGACUGGGUGUGUGGUACAACUCCUUCCGAGCCUGGAAUGGCGGCUUCUCUGGAAACUUGGAAGGUGAAGGCUUCAUCCUCGGGGGAGUUUAUGUGAUAGGAGCAGGAAAGCAGGGCAUUCUUCUUGAGCACCGAGAAAAAGAAUUUGGAGACAAAGUGAACCCGCUUUCUGUUCUGGAAGCUGCAAAGAAGAUCAAACCACAGACUCAGGCCUCAGAGAAAAACUGAUCAUGGGCAGCUGCUGCCUCGUGGAGAGCUAGGCUUGCACCUGUGUGCACUGGAGGACUUGUGUUUCUACCAUGGCCCUGAGGAGUUAGAAACCCCUGGCACCAUAUUCUCACUAGAGAUUAGUCAUGUACUUUAAUAUUAUUUUCCAUUUAGUAUGAGUAAGGCAAAGAGGUCCCAAACAAAACUGAUUACAAUGUAACAAACCAGUGAGAGUCAUUUCAGGAAAGACUUGGAAAAUCCAAGGUUUAAAGUUAACUGCUGUACCUCUGUACAAAUGUGCAUUUGAGUGCUGUUAUCUGGUGAUUUUUAUUUUCAUAUCUUCAAAAAUCUCAAAAGAAGAAAAACUUUCUCAGCAUGCACAAGGUCCUGGGUUCAAUCCCCAGAGUCAUACACACACACACACACACACACACACACACACACACACAAAACCCCCUCAAAAAAAUCUAAGAAAAGCUUGAUUGACUUGAAAAUUAGAGAAUAUAAGGUUUUUGGUUUAUGUAUUUACUGUGAAUGACUUGUUAUAUAAUGUCAAAGUAAUUAAUCUGUAAAGGAAUUGAUGUGUUAUGAGAUAACAUGAAGUAUCCUGUUUAAUCAUUUUCUGUUCUAAACUCUGAAAUUUGUUUUACUGGAGGAAGCUGUCACUUCUGGCUCUAAUAAAUUAUGCAUCAGAAGUCA